CAACAACACCAACAACAAUAAGAAUUCGUCAAUUUUAUUAAAGUUUUUCUUAAUUAUUGUCAAUAUUUGAAGCUCUGGAGUAACUACCACUGUAACAUAUAUUUGUGAGGUGUGUGGGUGUUAUUUUCCUCAGAGACCUCAUCCACCAGCAGUUGCUAUACACAACUAAUCACAACGUUCUGAGAAGCCGGCUCCAGUACCAACACCUCCUCUCUAGCCUCCAGAGCAUGUAGCACCACCUCAUGGUCCCAUGUCAUCCUGAGCAGACUCGCAGGCUGGUUCACUAGUGCCACCAACCUCAUCUUAGCCAAACAAUCUCUGAAACUGAGAAGAAACACUGAGGGAAGAAGCAUCACCAUCCUCACCUAGCCCAUGACUUAAUGAUUCCAGUGUGCUUCCCUGCAUGGCAAUGAAAAGGAGGGCAAUACUCUCAUCCCAGCCCUUCAGGUACUGGGGAAAACAAACGUGCAUCAUCCUGAGAGACUGAUCAUCCUGGUAGCAGAGAUUGGUACUUGUAGUACCAAUAGUGCUGGUCAUCCUGGUAUUAGAGGUUGGUACUUGUAGUAUCAAUACUGCUGGUCAUCCUGGUAGGAGAAACUGGUACUUGUAGUACUAAUACUGCUGGUCAUCCUGGUAGCAGAGGUUGGUACUUAUAGUGCCAAUACUGCUGGUCAUCCUGGUAGUAGAGGUUGGUACUUGUAGUACCGAUAGUGUUGGUCAUCCUGGUAGUAAACGUUGGUACUUGUAGUACCAAUACUGCUUGUCAUCCUGGUAGCAAAGGUUGGUACUUAUAGUGCCAAUACUGCUGGUCAUACUGGUAACAGAGACUGGUACUUGUAGUACCAAUACUGCUAGUCAUCCUGGUAGCAGACUGGAGUUUACCUUGAGAGAGUUCCGGGGGUUAAUGCCCCCGCGGCCCGGUCUGUAAUCAGGCCUCCUGGUGGAUCAGAGCCUGAUCAACCAGGCUGUUGCUGCUGGCUGCACGCAAACCAGCGUACGAGCCACAGCCCGGCUGGUCAGGAACCGACUUUAGGUGCUUGUCCAGUGCCAGCUUGAAGACUGCCAGGGGUCUGUUGGUAAUCCCCCUUAUGUAUGCUGGGAGGCAGUUGAACUGUCUCGGGCCCCUGACACUUACUGUAUGGUCUCUUAACGUGCUAGUGACACCCCUGCUUUUCAUUGGGGGGAUGUUGCAUCGUCUGCCAAGUCUUUUGCUUUCGUAGUGAGUGAUUUUCGUGUGCAAGUUCGGUACUAGUCCCUCUAGGAUUUUCCAGGUGUAUAUAAUCAUGUAUCUCUCCCACCUGCGUUCCAGGGAAUACAGUUUUAGGAACUUAUACCAAUACUGCUGGUUAUCCUGGUAGCAGAGCUUGGUGAGACAGGUACUUGUAAUGCCAGUGCUGCUGGAUAUCCUGGUAGAAGAGGUUGGUAACUGUAGUUUCAAUACUAUAGGUCAUCCUGGUAGGAGAGGUUGGUGCUUGCAGUAUCAAUACUGUAGGUCAUCCUGGUAGGAGAAGUUGGUGCUUGUAGUACCAAUACUGUAGGUCAUCCUGGUAGGAGAGGUUGGUGCUUGUAGUACCGAUACUGUAGGUCAUCCUGGUAGGAGAGGUUGGUGCUUGUACCAAUACUGUAGGUCAUCUUGGUAGGAGAGGAUGGUGCUUUUAGUACCAGUACUGUAGGUCAUCCUGGUAGGAGAGGUUGGUACUUGUAGUACCAAUACUGCUGGUCAUCCUGGUUGCAGACUGGUACUUUUACCAAUACUGCUGGUCAUCCUGGUAGCAGAGACUGGUACUUAUAGUACCAAUACUGGUUAUCCUGGUAGCAGACUGGUACUUGUACCAAUACUGCUGGUUAUCCUGGUAGCAGAGACUGGUACUCAUAGUACCAGUACUGCUGGUCAUCUUGGUAGCUGACUGGUACUUGUACCAAUUCAGCUGGUUAUCCUGGUAGCAGAGAUUGGUACUUGUAGUACCAAUACUGCUGGUCAUCCUGGUAGCAGACUUCUACUUGUACCAAUACUGCUGGACAUCCUGGUAGGAGAGGUUGGUGCUUGUAGGGACAAUUCUGCAAGUUAUUAACACCAUUGUCACUCUUGUAGAUCUAUAUUUAAUUAAGCACAAUGACCUCAAAUAUUUUGUGAGUAGUAAAUUGUGGUGCAGACAUGUGAUAGUGGGUCUUUGCAGUGAGUGUGCACAGCAUAAAACUAAUCCUAUCCCAUGCAGUACAUGAUGAGAGAAACAAACCUCUGAUGUGUUUUCUAGUAUAUUUUUUUAUAACUUUCUCUUUGUAUUACUUGAUAAAAUGUAUGUCAUACUACUGAAAUGGAUAAUUUGGUAAGUUUCAGAACUUGAAGUAUCUUGAAAUAUUCAAAUUUUGACAAUUUUCUUGAGAAAGAAAAAGUCUUCUUCAUCUUUUUUAUAGGUUGUGACAAGACCUGGUUGGUUUAUUGGAAUUUCCUUAACUAUGACAAUAAUCCUGAUUUUUUUUUUAUCUAAGAAAUAGGGAUAAAACUUUGAUAUUGUGUGUGAUGAUGGAUUGAAAAUAAAGUGAAGGUGUAAUGUACUUGAGGCUUAAGAUCAUGAUUAAUGAACAGAGGAUAGCUUGCUUUAGUUGCUGGAAUACAAACUGCGUUAAUUUUUUAUUGUUUUCAAAUUGAAAUUUCUUGAAUUUUGUAUAUACUUAAUAAAAUUAUUAACUUUUGUGCACUUGCUAGAGCAAAAAAGCUGAGAAUUUGUUCAAAAUGAGCAAUUGAAUUUGGCUUAGUAUAGGACUCAAAGGUGAAGUUGCUAUUGCAUAAAUUGUGCUCAAAUCACCAACUUUGUGCCUCUGUAAUUCCAUAAGUUUACAUCAUAUUUUGUGUUUUUGUGGUAUUACCUUAAGAAAAAGAUUCUCUAUCAUUUCUGAAGAAAUUUUUUUUUUUUCAUUUAAAAUUCUUGACACUUUUAAUUAUGGGGUCUUGAUAGUGAAAGUGUGAAGUUAUUGUUCAUUAUGUCUAAAAUAUUUGAAAAAGAACGUGUUCAAGCAACACACAUUGUAGUUGAUACAUGUGAUAAACAGUAUUCACAUUCCUCACAAAAAUCUCAGUGUGUAUCAUUGUUAACAGUUAAUGAAGACAAAAAAAUAGUUAAGUGUUUAAUGUGUUUGAAAGAAUUUUCUAAAAAACAAUAUUUAAUGAGGCACAUGAAAAUUCACACUGGAGGGAAACAAUAUAAGUGUUGUGAGUGUUUAAAAGAAUUUACUAGUAAAUCUAGUUUACUAAAACAUAUGGUAAUUCACACUGGAGAGAAACCAUAUCAAUGUUCGGAGUGUCUAAAAAAGUUUGCCAGAAAAUCUUGUUUAGUGAGACACAUGAUAAUUCAUACUGGAGAGAAACCUUAUCAAUGUUCAGAGUGUCUGAAAGAGUUUUCACAUAAAUCUAGUUUAGUAGAACACAUGAGAAUUCAUACUGGAGAGAAACCAUAUCAAUGUUCAGAGUGUCUGAAAGAGUUUUCACAAAAUUCUAGUUUAGUAAAACACAUGAGAAUUCAUAAUGGAGAGAAAUAUCAAUGUUCAGAAUGUCUAAAGGAGUUUAACUUGAAAUUUCAUUUAGUAGAACACAUGAGAAUUCAUACUGGAGAGAAACCGUAUCAAUGUUCAGAAUGUCUAAAAGAGUUUGCCAGAAAAUCUUGUUUAGUAGAACACUUGAGAAUUCAUAAUGUAGGGAAACCAUAUCAAUGUUCAGAAUGUCUGAAAGAGUUUUCCAUGAAAUAUCAUUUAGUAAAACACAUGAGAAUUCAUACUGGAGAGAAACCGUAUCAGUGUUCUAAGUGUCUAAAAGAAUUUAACAUGAAAUUUCAUUUAGUAGAACACAUGAGAAUUCAUACUGGAGAGAAACCGUAUCAGUGUUCUGAGUGUCUAAAAAUGUUUUCACGAAAAUCUAAUUUAGUACAACACAUGAUAAUUCAUACUGGAGAGAAGCCAUAUCAAUGUUCAGAAUGCCUAAAAGAGUUUGCUAGAAAAUUUCGUUUAGUAGAACACAUGAGAAUUCACACUGGAGAGAAAUCAUAUUAAUAUUCAAAAUGUCUAAAGGAGUUUCCAGAUCAGUAUAAUUUAGUAAAAUAUCUGUGACCUCGUACUAGUUAGAAAUUAUAUCAGUGUUCAGUACAGUGGACCCCCGCUUAACGAUCACCUCCCAAUGCGACCAAUUAUGUAAGUGUAUUUAUGUAAGUGCGUUUGUACGUGUAUGUUUAGGGGUCUGAAAUGGACUAAUCUACUUCACAAUAUUUCUUAUGGGAACAAAUUCGGUCAGUACUGGCACCUGAACAUACUUCUGGAAUGAAAAAAAUAUCGUUAACUGGGGGUCCACUGUAUCUAAAAGUUUUUUCACAAAAAUCAAUCAUUAAACAAACAUGAGACCAUAUGGGAAGGAAUUUUUGCUAGUUGACAGUGUGACUGGAAAACAUUAUAAUAUGUGAUAACAACAUGCAUGAAAAUUACUUAUAGAUAAAACUGAAUCUGUUUU